UUGGUAGGUGCUCGAGCCUCCAAGUCAAGUUAGUUUUGCCACCUACUAUAUAAGGCGCUUCUCUCCAGAUCAUUACCUGAAUCCAAUUUCCGUGCUCAGCAUAGACAACGCCCACAACUCACAUUUCAUUUCCGCUCUAGCUCUCUUCCUUCUUCCCUCUAUUUACAGAGAAUACGAAGAGAUCUCGGUGAAUCUGUUUCUUCAAUCUCCAGAUGUCGAAAACCGGCGCAUUGGAUCUCGCUUCUGGUCUCGGCGGAAAGAUCGAUAAAAGUGAAGUUCUCUCCGCUGUCGAGAAAUAUGAGAAGUAUCAUGUCUUCUAUGGAGGUGCUCAGGAAGAGAGAAAAGCCAACUACACUGACAUGGUUAAUAAAUACUAUGAUCUUGCUACUAGCUUUUAUGAGUUUGGCUGGGGGGAGUCUUUCCAUUUUGCACACAGAUUUAAAGGGGAGUCUCUUCAGGAAAGCAUUAAGCGACAUGAGCACUUUCUUGCUUUACAGCUUGGUCUGAAACCUGGACAUAAGGUAUUGGAUGUAGGAUGUGGAAUUGGUGGACCACUGAGAGAAAUUGCUCGAUUCAGCUUGACAUCAGUUACAGGGCUGAACAACAAUGAAUAUCAAAUAGCAAGAGGAAAGGUACUGAAUUGCAUAGCGGGAAUAGACAAGACCUGUGAUUUUGUGAAGGCUGACUUCAUGAAAAUGCCAUUUCCUGACAGUAGUUUUGAUGCGAUAUAUGCAAUUGAAGCUACUUGCCAUGCGCCGGAUGCAUAUGGAUGCUACAGUGAGAUUUACAGAGUAUUGAAGCCUGGACAAUUUUUUGCUGCUUAUGAAUGGUGCAUGACUGAUUCUUUUGAUCCCAGUAACCAAGAACAUCAGAAAAUUAAGUCAGAAAUUGAGAUUGGAAAUGGCCUUCCAGACAUUAGAAUAACUGGCCAAUGCAUUGAAGCUCUCAAAAAAGCUGGUUUUGAGGUCAUAUGGUCAAAAGAUCUUGCAGCAAGCUCACCUGUCCCAUGGUACUUGCCUUUGGAUAAAAAUCACUUCUCUCUAAGUAGCUUCCGGUUAACAGCCCCUGGAAGAUUUUUCACAAGAAACAUGGUCAAGGUUCUAGAAUUUGUAGGUCUUGCUCCUCAGGGAAGUCAAAGGGUUCAAGAUUUUCUUGAGAAGGCUGCAGAGGGAUUAGUUGAAGGUGGAAGGAAGGAGAUCUUCACCCCAAUGUUUUUCUUCUUGGCUCGAAAACCACAUUCACAGAGCCAGUAAGCUCCAGUGCAAACUAAUUAGGCUGCUGAUCAUUUAGCGUUUAAAAUCCUAUCCAAUUUCAAUGAAAUGAAAGGCAGUCUCUAUGUUUUGUAUCUCUAGUAUGUAAUGUAUUAAAUUUCUGGAAUUGGUUUGUACCUCUUUCUAGUCGCAUGAUUUUCAUCAGAUUUUAUGUUAAUUAAUCUAACAUUAGAAUUUUGCCUUAUAGUUAUAGGCAUAUUUGUCUGUGUAGAGAAAUUAUACAUCGAUUAUAGUCUACACAUAAUGACAAGGCCAUUAUAAAUUGACA